UAUCCGUGUGAAGUGGUGAUGGUCAUUUUCUAACAGGUUUCUCUUUUUUUUCUUGCAGAAUCUCCGGCCAAACAUGGCUUCAACUUCAACAGCAGAAACUACGUGCCAGAAAGGAACAACAGAAACGAGAACAUUCAAAUAGUUUUAGUUACAGUUAUGGCAGCCCUGCAUUCCCCACCGCUGACAACUCGCUGUACAACAGUCAAACCACGCACCGACGCAGCCAGACGCUGUCACCGGUUCGCAACGAACGCAGCUAUCACACGCUGACCACGACCCGGACGCACUCCAACGAGCGGCCGUUUGUUGCCGUUAAACGGGCCCACGAAAACGCCAAGAUGCAAACGAUCGGUUCUGCACCGUUAUCCGUUUUGAAUGCCUCACCGCACGGUCAUAUCGCACAAAUCCAACGCCAGCAGACGGCGUCACCUUCGCCAUCCGUGGUUUCCACCCCAACAACAACCAUGGAUUGCUAUGAUCAUUCUCAACCACAUCAUCAACAACAACAUCGGCAGUACACCGUUAACAGUAGCAAUAGUGUCACUAGUAGCAGCAGUAACAUCAACAACGGGGGACAUGGCGGUCAAAAAUCACUCCUGAAUGGUGGGAGUCCCGUCGUCGUCAGCCAGAGCCAGGUCCAGAAUGGGUUGCUCUCGCUGGCCGACCAUGAACACUCAACGCCGAAGCACGGACAGGCGAGAUUGGAGUCCGAACAGAUAAUCUUCAGUAACAUAGACAGUCUUAAUAACCUCGAAACUAGCGACAAACUAAACCACCUGCUGAAAGACGUAACUAACAGUGCGGCCGCAGUCCAGCGUGCGGCCGCCCCGGUCAAUUCCGACGGCAGCAGUGUUGUUGUGACUACUGCUACUAUUACUACUACUAUUUCUAGUACUACCACUACUGCUGCUGCUACUACUACUUCUACUAGUACUACUCCUACUACCAUCGCUAAUAGCCACCAUAGUCCUGCCGCUACCAUUUCCGUUCCUAGCAAUAAUAGUACUUCCACCAUCACCACCUCCACCAUCCAGACUCAUCGUCAUUAUCCUCAGCCGAAGGAAACUCAUAGAUUCAUGAAUCAUACUCACACGAACCAUCAUGACCAGAACCAGAACCAGCGAGAGAUCGUCCUUCGAAAUGGUACCAACUCCUAUUCAGCUCAGACAGAUCGUGAUCGAUUACGAAUAGGGGAAGACCUUCCGGUUCGACGACCCCCUAGCGGUCAAUUGGCACUGGACAAACUGCUCGCAUCGUUGGCACUGGAGAACGAUGUGACCGAGCAACAUCUGGCCAAGAUUGACCAGCAACAACAACAACAACAGCAACAGAAUUUGAAUCGAAACGGUGACCUUCACUACACCCAAGCGAUGGAACUGUCCGCCGUGAUUGCCAACCUGACCGAGUAUGAUCUGAGCGAAGCUCAACGACUGAAUCUGUACAACGGUAGCGAACUGAUGUUCCAGGGUAACGGAGAUGCCUUCCGUGUUCAUGCCGAUAUCAAUGGGAACGGAUACUUUCCGUCGACAAACGGCGUAACCACGAACGGUCGAAAUGGCCAUCAUCAUAACCAUCAUCAUCAUCAUCAUCAACAGCAUAACGACUCGACAUGUUUACUAAUCAAUAACCAACACGUGCGUCGAAUCGCAUCCGAAAGUGACAGUACCAUUUCGUCCAUUUCGCCGAGCCUGUCCGAGCGAAGUAAUGCCAUCUCGUGGUGCGAUCAGGUAACAUUUAUGCAUUUCGCCAGAGAAGAAUCCUUUUCCUCGUACCGCUCGGAAACGGAACCGGACCACUCGCCGACCGGUGGAUCACCCCGGCCCGAGACACCCGCCUUCCCGGUGACCCCACGUACGCCGUACGGUCUCAGCAAUGGCACUUCUAGUCCAGCACUUCCACCCAAGAGUCCGACAUCACAACGCAAAAAUGUCCUGCUAAAGCACUUUGAAAAACUUCGCCUGAAAGCUAGUCUGUUUCAAUGCGUUGUGCCGGUGAUCGAGAAAAAACCGAAUAGUUGUACCUUCUACUACGACAAGGACCUCUUCACCGGUAAUCAGCGCUCGCAGGAGCUGAUCAACCAGAACGAAACGGUUUCAUGCUACACAUCACGGCGCAAUUCGAUCACAUCGAACGCGAACAGCGAACCGCAGGAGGUGGCACCGCAGUUCGUCAAGUUUGCCCGCGAUUCGUCCAAGUACUGGUACAAGCCGGCCAUUAGCCGCGAGGAGGCGAUCGCAAUGCUGCGGAACGCUCCGCCCGGAACGUUUGUGGUGCGAGAUUCAACCACUUUCGCAAACGCUUACGGAUUGGUGGUUAAAGUGGCACAUCCUCCGCCGGGUGUUCAGUCGAAGGGACCGAACAGCGAUGAGCUGGUGCGUCACUUCCUGGUGGAACCAACGAUUCGCGGUGUUCGCUUGAAGGGAUGCUCCAAUGAACCGGUUUUCACUUCACUCUCGGCACUGGUCUAUCAGCACUCGAUCACACCGCUUGCAUUGCCCUGUCGAUUGAUCAUACCGGAUGUGGACCUUCAACAGACGGACUUCCAGACACCGGCCCAGCAACAGAUUCUCACUCAGGGUGCCGCCUGCAAUGUGCUGUACUUGUUCACCUGCGACACAGAAUCGUUAACCGGACCUCAAGCCAUCAGGAAAGCCGUAGGAUUGUUGCUUUCAUUGCGACCACUGCCAAAACCAACGCAAGUGCACUUCAAGGUUUCGAUACAGGGCAUCACGCUUACCGACAACACUCGGCAGCUAUUUUUCCGGCGACAUUACCCAUCCAAUAACGUUUCGUUCUGUGGUCUGGACCCGGAUGACCACCGGUGGAGUAUCCCAUCGACCACGGGGGACAUCCCGGCAUCCAAACACAUCUUUGCCUUCGUCGCCAAACGGUCGCCCACUUCGGCCGAUAACCAGUGUCAUGUGUUCUGCGAGCUGGAGGCAACCCAACCGGCCAGGGCCAUCGUGUCGUUUGCGAAUAAAGUAGUCCUCGGGGGCAACAGUGGCCAACAACAGCAGCAGCAACAUCAAGCGGCCGUCACGAGGGCAAUUUAAGCACGCACACACAGUUAAAACUACUCAAUUAAAAAAAAACCAUGCACCCACGGAAAGCGCAGAGAAUCGAGUCAUUGUUUCUAAUAUAUACAUAUAUUUAACCACUCUGCAGUAGGCGAAAAAGAAUCCGAUCCGGAUUUAAAAUUACAUAUUGGUACUACUUAAUCUAAUAAUCCAUAUUAAACAUGAGAUGAGCAGCUGUAUGCGAAAAAAAAACAUACACAAACAGAGAGAGAUUGGGCACCACGUGUAGCUUCUAGAUUAGCCAUGUUGAUUAAUUUUUUUUGUUUCCGUUUUGUUUGUUAGGACAGAAACAAACCAACAAAACAGACAAACACGCAAAACUUCACUUAUUAAUUUGAGAGCAAUUGUGUAUUAAUAUUAUUUUAGGGUUUUCAAUCGUCUACCAUAACUUUGUAACAUUACUGUUCACGAAUGUCAGUGUAAUUAUUUAGCAAAGCAAAUCGCAUGUAUAAAUGUACUUCUCAAACGCAAGGAAAUAUUAUUUAACAUUGAAGGAGAAAAAUUUAUAACCAAAAAAAAAGCAAAACAAAAAACAAUACAUUAGUGCAGCUAACCGAAAAUCCCGAUCUGUAAAAGUAAACCCAUCAUUCUCACAAUUUACUAAUAGAACGAGAUAAUUUUAUUCUCUAAUCGUAGAUAGUUCAAUGGUUAUGUAACAUUUUCGCACAUAAGAAAAUAGCAGGCACAUACACUCACACAUACACCCAAAAAAAACAAAUAAAAAACGCGCUCUCAGAUGACUGUAGCUUGUUUAUUUUUACCAAGCAGUUUCGCUUACUUGUUUUAAUUACUUUGAGCCAACCAGCCAGCACCGACACGUGGCACAUAUGGCAUAUGCGACACUUGCAGAAAUAAUCGAAAGAAAAUUAAAAUUCAAUGCCUAACACCAACCGGCCGUCAUAAUGUUGCUUUAUUAACAUUCAAAAGAUAGCAGCACUUUUCUCAAAAUGCACCUCAUUCGAAAAACGCAACCGCGUGGAUCGUCUUUUGAUUUUCUUUUGAGGUUUCCCUGGCUUUUUUCCAGCGCAGAAAAUCGCCAUAAUACGGGAAGCAUAAACUCAUGCCUUUUUGUUUAAUUUUUGCUGUCGGUGUAGCAAGCCAUGAACGGAUAUUUUUUUCGCUUUGUUAACUGUUGUCAAAGAAGAAAUAAGUGUUACGAAAGCUAAUGCUAUCGAAAACGAACGACUACUACUACUAACUGCACGACUGUUACGAGUAAGCGUAGCCAACAUAAAACAAAAAAAACAGCAGAUCAAAAAUUCAAGAUAAAUAACGGUAACAGAAUUAAUAAUGUAAGAAUUGUGUACCGAACAGUAAGCGAAAACACAACACGUACUAACUUCCAAAUGUCGAGUGAAAAUGAAACCAGAGUCAAUAAUGUGCCUAUAUACGAAACAAACAAACAAAAAAAUGCAGAAUAGUUUUUGGAAAUAAAUAGUCAAAUCAGUGGUGUUUUUUCUUCCCCCUCCGUUUACCCACGUUUGACCGCGUACGGCCGAACGCACAUGCAAACCUAGAGUCUCGGAAGCUCUGAUUGUUGCUUCUAAUUUAAUUAGCUACAGUUUGUAACAAUGUUGAAAUAAAAAGCCCCCCCUCCAUUCGAACUAGCUUCAGAUGUUGUGUACAUAAACACUGACUAAACGUUGUACAACCAAUAAUAAUAAUAAAACACGUAGAAAAAUAAUCGAUCAUA